CUUCAGAUGUGUAAAAGCGUGGGCGGAUAGUCUAAUCAAUUGCAAGAAAUUGUUCCGAAAAAGUUGUUGAUUGCUGGUGAGUUAGAACCAUGAGAGUUUAUAUGGCGUUUGCGGCGUUGAUGCUAGUCGUGGAGACAACUCAGUCUAUGCCAUGCGCCCCACAAGAAUUUACCGAUGGGAUCGUAUGUGUCUGCAACGAUACGUACUGUGAUACUUUGGAAGAUGUGGAACCUACAGGUGAAAAUGACUUCGUGGCUGUUUCUUCAAGCAAAUCGGGUAUGAGAUUUGCUGUAUCAAAAGGAGAGUUCACCAAGGUGGCUCCAAUAUCACUUGAUUACGACCGGAACGAACCUAUAGUUAUUCUCCGCCCGAAAAGGAGCUUUUGGGACAGUAUCAUUGGGAUCUUCGAAAGCAAGAAUGCAACCAUCAAAGUCGAUCGGUCCAUCACCUAUCAGGAGAUUGUAGGAUUUGGUGGUGCCUUGACUGGAUCAGCAUCCUGGAAUUUGGACCAAUUGACCCCUGCCCUUCAAAAUCACGUUUAUAGAUCAUUCUACUCCAAGGACAAAGGCAUCGCCUACAACAUGUUGCGUCUAACUAUUGGUGGUUCUGACUUUGAUUUCGAACCAUGGGCAUAUAAUGAAUUCCCAGAAAAUGAUGCAAGUUUGAGCAACUUCACGAAAUUAGAUCCUCGCGAUGCAAGGAAAGUCGAACAAAUAAAACAGUUGAUGGAAAUUUCCAACAACAAAAAUAUCAAAUUUUACGGUACCGCCUGGAGUCCACCGAAAUGGAUGAAGACAAAUAACGCAUGGACUGGACCAAGUGCUUUGAAGCUAGAAUAUUACCAAACUUGGGCUGACUAUCAUUUGAAAUGGUUGGAGUUAAUGGAUCAAGCUGGCUUGAAUAUGUGGGGUAUUUCCACAGGCAACGAACCUAUCAAUGGAGUUAUUGGUUUCUUGAUUAUCAAAUUCUUAAGUUUGGGGUGGAUUCCCCAAACUCAGGCUAAAUGGCUUGCUGAAAACUUCGGACCAACUCUUCGGAAUUCCAAAUAUAAGAAUAUUCUAAUCAUGGGCCCUGAAGAUCAACGUAUUGUUCUUCCUAAUUGGCUUGACAUUAUGGAAAGCACAGUCAAAGGUUCAACUAGCUAUCUCGAUGGCAUUUCGCUGCAUUGGUACUGGGACUUUUUUAUUCCUGCCAGCUUCCUAGACAAAUCCCACGACCAAUUCGAGGGCAAGAUUAUUAUUAAUACCGAAUCAUCUGCAGGAAGCUUUCCUUUACAGAGACAUAUGCCAAUUUUGGGAGAUUGGGGUCGUGCAGAACAAUAUUUGAAUGAUUUUAUGUCUGACUUCCAACAUCACCUCAAUGGUUGGAUUGACUGGAAUUUGAUUUUAGAUGAACAAGGUGGGCCGAACUACGUUCAAAACUUUGUCGAUGCUCCAAUUAUCCGUGCCAACGACAGUACCUUGAUCUACAAGCAACCGCUGUUCUACGCGAUUGGACACUUUUCAAGAUUCAUGCAACCUGGCUCUGUACGUGUCGAAGCCUCCAGUUCAGAAAGAAAUGUGAAAACAGCAGCCUUCAAGCAACCUGACGGUAGCAUCGCUUUAGUUGUACACAAUAGGGAAUACACAACAGUUAACUUGGAAGUAGAGGAUUCUGUCCGCGGUACCAUUAAAUUAUCACUUCCAGGAAAAUCUAUUCAUACUAUUAUUUACAAAUAAUUUAUGCAAAUCAUAUUAAUAAAAUUUAACUAAAUUCA